UAAUUUGCAUUCCGUGAAUAACAGAACAACAACAGAUUCCCACGGCGGAAGCCAAGCCAAGCAAGAAGUAAAACCAACGGAGCAUAUCACGCCGCGGUUUAGCAAUUAGAGACGUUUUUUGAUAAGAAGGUUCACAGACAGGUUUUAACCAUAAAUCAAGAUUCAAAGAUUGUGCUGUAUUAAAUAGAGAGUAUGGAAGUGAAGUUACUUUGGUGUAUGUUGAUAUGGACAAUUGCAAUAACAUCAGCUUCAGAACUCAGUGAUAUUGCUGCGACAUGCCAAGUUCAUGCAAAUACAGUCAUUGAUGUUGAUCCUGGCCGCCAUAGAUACUUCCCGUACAUGGUAAAACUGCCCCGCUGUGUGGGUAUGGUUGGGAUUGAAAGACCAGAUAUAAAGACAUGUGUUGCCAAAUCUAGCGUAUCUGUGUCCUAUAGAGUACUUGAUGUGGUAUCAUAUGCUCAUACAUCUAUUGACCUUGUACGUCAUACUGCAUGUCAGCAUACCUGUGUUGCAUCACCAAACUCUUGCGAUCCAAAAUAUCAGACAUGGAAUAGCGCUAGCUGUUUGUGUGAUUGUAAAUACAGAACAGCUCCAAAUCCAUCACCUUGUGAGUACCCAAAAGUGUGGCAAAGCACCAAUUGUAAAUGUGUAUGCCCAAGGGCACCAACAAAGUGCUCAGAAAAGAAAGAAUGGAGCGAUGAUGAUUGUGGAUGUACUUGCAAGAAAAGGUACCUUAACAGAUGUGCCAAAAAGGGUAAGGUGGUGAGCCAAGAAUCCUGCAGCUGUAUAGCACCAAUCGGGGUAAAUGGAACCUUAGCAGCAAGGGGAGCUCAAGGUACAUGCAAUGGUGUCGAAAACAAGUUUGUUGUUAUGAUAGUGAUUAUAGAGUUUUUCUGCCUUGUUUUUAUAUUUUUUCUGAUCUACCGAUAUUCACCAAGAAGGGAAGAAUCAAGUAGCAGACCAACAUUUCUUACAAAAAAUUUCACAUUUAAGAAGAAGAACAAGUCAUCUGGAAAAGAUAACGGAAAUGUGGAAUAUAUUUCUGAAGAACCGAAAGUGACAACACCUUUAUCAAAUGGGAAUCAUUUGGCUGAGAAUGAAGACACUACACAGGGUUUAAAAGAGCUGUCUUUAAGGGACAGCAAUGAAGCACCAGUUGGGUUCUACUAUGCUGCCAGUGAUGUUUUUGGCUCCGCAGGCAAUGUUUCAAUGGAAUCUAGUGGGAAAGUGUCGCAUGUAUGAAAACAAUGCUUCCUUUCUUUUUGUAUCAAGUAACUACCAAGUUGUUGUUUUUUGAAGGAAGGUGUUCCUAUAUCAAAAAUAUUAUUUAUCGAUCGAUUGGUUCCUGGUGCAAAAUGAACACAAUUUUCAAUGGACACACCGUGAAACACAAACAUUCACUUCUGCUAUAUAGCUAACAGAUAUAUACAAGACAUUUAUAAACUGUGCCUGCACCAAGAACACCUGCGCCAAGGGGCAGCAGAGGUCAGUGGCCUCUUUGUGUCCUCCCAAUAUUUAGCACUUUUCUUGGCAUUUUGUCCCCUUGCCCUCCUUGAGUGCAGGCUUUCCUGUCUGUAACAUAGUUAAAAGGUCUCUUUUGACUAUUACUCUCACAUGCAGUUAGGAACCCACAAAUAAGUGGUUUUUCUAAAUUUUAUACAGCUGGUUUGUAUUUUUAAACAUGAUUUUUAAGGAGCCCUAAAGCCUGGUUAACAGUUAGGUAUAGGAGUAAGUAUAAUUUCCAAUAAUAUUUUCUCUAAGCUGUUACUCUAAUCUAUACCUUCCCCUUUUGUGCAGCCCCUGUGUUCCCUCCCAUUAAAUAUGCCUCCUUCUUUCAUUUCCCUUUCUCUGUAUGUAGUCUUUGUAUGUAGGUGAAUUUAAAAUGAACUGAACUGAAAAUUAACUGGCCUCUUGCCUUUAAAUUCCUUUUUAACCUUUUUUGCUUUUUUCUUUACCUCCUUUCCAUCCUUUUUGAAGUCCAUUUUUUACUUAUUUUGUUUUUCCUAUCUUUCAUGAUUUAUAUCUUGCUUUUUCCCAACACUUCCUCACAAUUCUUGUUCCUGGUCAUCAUCCUCUUUCUUUUCCCUUUAGCUUAGGUUUUGCUUUGCUGUUUUGAGGCUCUACUUUUAUCUUGUAUCAAUCACCAAGUACUGAGAUAUAUAUUCAAACCCUAUUAGAAACACUUGAAAAUUCAAAAUUUUGAUUGUCUGUUUAUAAAUAAUAACUUACUCUAUUCAAAAUCGUUUUUGAAGCUGGCUAAUUGUUAUUAUAAAUCUUAAGACUGCCAUUGUAUCGUUUUUUAUGAUGGCUUGUAAUGUAAGGAUAUUUUUGUAAAUUUUUCAUGUCAUUUGUGUUUAUUUAUUUUAAGGCAUGUGCUCUCAGAUUUAAAUAAUUGAUAAAUAUUA